UCGCAUUAGCACAUAACCGAGUCCUAAUUUUACGCUAAUAAUAAUGAAACCCUCAAAAUACUCCUGUAAUCCCGCGCGCGCUCUUUCUGUGAAGAUUCUUAGAAUUGAACCGCUCAUUAUUAUUCAUUGAUUUGAAUCUAUCCGCGAUGUGAUUGGCUCGUCUGUUCAGAACACUCCAAGCGUGGCCACGAUUGGGAGGGACUGGCGGAGUGAGAGGGGCUACACAUGUAAACUUAAAAACAACAAACCGUGUGAGAUGAUUCAGAACUGCGCGAGUGUCUGAGGCGGAGGACGCGUGAUAACGGUGGAGUUUGAAUUGAAAACAAACUGUGGAUGAGAAGCAACUAACGGACAUGGAUAUGCUCUGCUGAGGCGCCUACUUUUAAUAUUAUUCGACUGUUUUUAAUUUUUUUUGAGUUUCGAUUCUUAUUAAAAACCUGAAAAUGUUGGACAAACGGAUUGUUGACGUGCGUUUGGAUCAGCUGGAAAUCGUGAAAGCCAAAAAUGGCAAAGAGCAUUUUGAGAAGCAGUAUACUAUGGGAGAUCUUCUGGGAAGCGGUGGUUUCGGUUCAGUUUACUCCGGGCAUCGGAUUUCAGACGGACAAAAGGUUGCUAUCAAACAAAUCUCUCGAGACAGAAUCCAACAGUGGUCAAAAAUGCCUGGUGAAGUAAACCCAGUUCCCAAUGAGAUCGCUCUCCUUCAGAGUCUCGGUGGAGGAUCGGGGUCUGUACCCGGCCAUCGAGGCAUCAUCCGGAUGCUGGACUGGUUUGAAAUACCCGGUCAGGGAUACCUCAUUGUGUUUGAAAAGCCUCAACACUGCCAGGACCUGUUUGACUUCAUCACUGAACGCGGAGCUCUUGAUGAGCCCCUUGCACGGAGGUUCCUCAAGCAAGUCAUUGAAGCUGUGCAGUUCUGCCACUCUAAGGGAAUUGUUCACAGAGACAUCAAGGAUGAAAACAUCCUCGUUGACACACGCACUGGAGACAUUAAAGUCAUCGAUUUUGGAUCAGGAGCAACGCUAAAGGACUCCAUGUACACUGACUUUGAAGGUACCCGAGUCUACAGUCCACCUGAGUGGAUCCUUUACCACAAAUACCACGCUCUUCCGCUCACUGUGUGGUCACUGGGUGUGCUCCUGUACGAUAUGGUGUGUGGAGACAUUCCCUUUGAGCAGGACUCUGACAUUGUAAACGCCAAACCAAGCUUCAAUAAACGCAUCUCCAAUGAUUGCAGGUCUCUGAUUUGCUUGUGCCUUUCAUACAAACCGGGGGAUCGGCCCAGUUUGGAGCAGAUUUUACAGCACCCUUGGAUGGUGGAGAGCUCUGUGGACAAUGGAGAUUUGCAAAUGGAAAGCAAAAUCAAGCCAAGCCUUUAAACCCAAAAAGACUUUGAACUCACACUCACUGUUUCGAUAUACACUGGACUUCCCGAACUCUAGUUGCUGGCUUCCGGAUUCUUCCUUAUUUAUUUUUUCAGUAGUUCUUCUGUCUUUGACAUCCGUUUAGUGGGGAUCUGUGCUUCCACGACCCACAAAAAUAGCCCUGGAUUGCUGCAGGUUUUACUUUAUGAAUGAAUAUUUCCAUCGCAGCUGAGCGAGGGGAACGUUUUUCUUAUUUAUUGCUAUUUAUUUUAUACUCCAGAAUCAUACUAAGUUAUUUUUUGCACUCUAUGGAUCAUCAAGUUUCCGAAGCAGUAAACUGUGUUCGAUUUAUUGGUUCAUUUCAACUCAUUUAAAGGGAUAGUUCACCCCAAAAUAUCAUUUACUCACUGUUUAACCUUACUGUAGAACCCAAAAGAAGAUACUUUGAAGAAUGCUAAAAACCGGUAACCAUUGACUUCAAUAGUAUUUUUUUUCCUACUGUGGAGGAAACUCUUAAAAGGUUUGAAACAGCUUGGUAAAUAGUGAGUAAAUGUUGUGUACGAUGGUUUUACCUGGUUUUACAGGUUUGUUCUGUACAGUGUUAUUCUCCCCCCGUUCUAAGGGGUUUCAGAAAGACUUUGGAUCUACUUUCCAGUUGUUUCGAUAGUAACAAUAAUUGAGGAUCUGCUCCCAUUGAUCAACACACACUCGCAACUAAGAGAAGAGGAGCGUCCUUGUUUACUCUAAAUGAGCAAUCCUGGUUCCUCAGAGAUGUUAGCCAAAGAGGGUUUUGGUUUCUGUUGGUGUUGCUUGUGAAAUACCUGACCUGUGACUUUAAGUGCUGUCUCUUUGUCAUGCACACACUCAGUUGGAAGUUCCCAAUGGUCUGUGUUAUGUUAGGGGCUUCACCUACUAACCCACUGUUGAUGUUUACUAAAAAGUGAGCAGUUCUGAUCAGUUGAUUAUAACACACCAAAGAGCUCUGCCUUAUGUGAGGUUUAUAUGCAUAAUACACACAAUUUGGACCUAAAUGUAUUUAUUUAUUCGAAAGUUUGUUAGUGUGGCUCGCUUUUUGUGAUCCAAAGCAACACUGAAAGAUUAAAAUGAUUGUGAAUUGGAUUUCUCUCAAUGUAACGUGUCGUGAAUGCGUGUAAACACUGGGGAUAUUUUUUGUUUUUGAUAAAGUCAGAUAUCUUUCAUUUUGUUAUAAAAAUCCUUGCAUUUUUGGCUUGGGUUGGCACAAAAGCUUUCCUGUUAAUACUUGUGUAUUGAAUAAUGUGAUGUGGCUGUUGUCACUCGAUGUUUAAUUUAAGAGAUUCUACAAAUAAAAAGUUAUAGAUGCAACAUCUA